AACCCGUCAUGGCCCCGCGCUCGAAAGAUGCUGUGUACAGUGGCUACGCAAUGUUCGUCGACGACUUCAAAAAGUUCUUUGUGACUCUGCAGCCAGAUCUCGCCAACGAAGCGCUACCCGAGUAUAUCAUGGCGUACGACUGUUGGAGACGACGCCUCAACAAGGCUGAGCGCUCCAGGGUGCCCAAACUGAGACUCGUUCCUUUUGAGGGCACAACACCGUCAGGCAUGCCUACUGAAGAUAAGGUGGAGAAGGCGUUCUUCCCUACUCGUUACGUGCGGUACACGAACGCCGCGCAAUUACGUCGCGAUGAAGAGCAUCAGAACCUUUGGAAAGAUAAUGAAGUCGAUAGAGCGCUUUUUGCAGAGUUCGUUCGCUUCGUGGAAUCCCUAGGUGGCAAACUGGAUUCGACGAAGGUCCUUGACUUUGGCUGUUUCCGGGACCGUCACCCGGACUUCUUGGGAGAUUUCUGAACACGAAGCCAGCAUUGAAAUAUACCUUCGACACGUGUAUAAUAGUCGCCACAAAUUUGUUUAUAAUUUAUCACUCCCUGUACAACAUCAACAAGGUGUAUGUGACUAGUGGCUAGUCCUGCCUGAGAAUGCAGGCAGGUGGAGCUAGGAACUAUAGAGUAAUCAUAAGUUUAGGUAUGCAGAUUCGAUGUAGGUACGUGUACAUCUUGGUCUAUGGAAAGCACCGCGUGACAUAGGCUCGACUUACGAGCCAGGUGCCAGCUUUAUAGACGGCUCCAACAAUCUCAUCUUGUGAGCGA